GUUUUGUCUCAAAUCGCGCAUUCUUAUAAAUUCAAUGGACGAAAUUCUGGCAGCCAAUGCGUCACAGUGGGUGGCAGACUCGAACUCGGCUGUAUUCCUGCGACUGAUCAGCGGGGAGACCACUGAGAGCGUUCUUAACGCAUUGCGUGCGGAUAUUGCCGAGGAUGAAGAGGGUGCAGACGGAGCCGACGCGAUCGAAUUCCACCCGAUCUUCACAUACCCGAUCUACGGUGAGCAGGAGCGGAUAUUCGGAUACAAGGGCCUGCGCAUCAGCCUCUACUAUGCUGCUGGCUCAUUAGCAACGUACUUUAGCGUAGACUACACCAAGCGCAUUGACGGCCUGGAGACAAGCCUGCCGGUGCAGCUUAAAUCAGACGAUGUCGACACGCCAAUGCGCAAGGUGCUGUCGGAGAAUUCUCUGGUGGGGUCGCGCGAGGAGUUUGCAGAGCGCGUUGUCAAGGACACGAAGGAGUUUAAGCCGCAUGGGAAGAAGGUGCACGAGUACGAAUUCCGCGAGUACCACCGGCGGCUGCAGACAUUUCUGCUGUUUUACAUUGAGGGCGCGCAGUUCAUCGAUGAGACCGAUGAGCGGUGGCAGGUGUUCACAGUGUACGAGCGUCUGGACCUCAACGGCAUCACCAGCUACUCGCUAGUCGGGUACUGCACAAUGUACGAGUUCUUCCAUUGGCCUGACAGCAAGCGACCCAGGAUCUCGCAGUUUUUGGUGCUGCCACCGUUCCAGGGCCAAGGCCAUGGGUCGGAGCUGUACAGGUAUAUUUACGGAAUGGUCAAGGCUAGCCCGCAGUAUGUUGAUCUGACGGUCGAGGAUCCAAGCGAGUCGUUCGACGAUAUGCGUGACCGCAACGAUAUGCGGUACCUGCUGGAUCACCACGCAUUCGACGGGCUUACGGCACCUGUCAGCCCAGAGGACCUGCACAAACUGCAGAUCGAAUACAAGAUCAGUAAGCGCCAGAUGGCGAGGUGUGUCGAGAUGGGUCUACUCAAGAUGCUCGACAAGCCCAAUGCUGAGGCAUAUGGCAGGUACAGAUUGUUUGUCAAGCGGCGGAUCUAUGCACAGAACGUCGAUUUGCUCAGCGGGCUGGAGGACGACGAGAAGAAGCAAAAAGUCGCCGAGUCAUUUGCCUCAGUUGUCAACGAUUACCACAGGGUUCUUAGUCUCAUUUAAAUAAACACCGUCUACGCGCUAGCCUCAA